AUGCAAUCUGCUUCUAUCGUUCAAGGAAAAGAAAGCGCAGAAAAAACUGCCAGAUCCAUAUUUGUCGGAAAUAUCCCAUACGAGGCUACUGAGGAGAAGCUAGUUGAACUGUUCUCCAAAGCCGGACCUGUUGUCAGCUUUCGUUUGGUCUAUGACAGAGAAUCUGGCAAGCCCAAAGGCUAUGGUUUUUGUGAAUAUGCUAACCCCGCUAUUGCAGCCAGUGCUUUGCGGAACUUACAGAAUAUUGAAUUCAAUGGACGGCCUUUGAGAAUCGGUGCUGCUGCUGGUGAACAAAACUCAGCGGAAAUUGCUCUUACAAAUCCAUCAGUUGGUCCUCCUUUAGAAAAUCCCUAUGGAAAUCCAGUGGAUCCCGCAAAAGCUCCUGAGGCUAUCAGUCGGGCGGUGGCCAGUCUUCCACCCGAACAGAUGUACGAAUUGAUGAAGCAGAUGAAGUUGUGCAUCCAAAACAAUCCAAACGAGGCUAGAAAUAUGCUUCUUCAGAAUCCUCAGCUUGCCUAUGCUCUUCUACAGGCACAGGUAGUGAUGAAAAUAGUCGAUCCAAAGGUUGCAAUUGCUAUGCUGAAUCGAACACAUGAUCAGAUUCCUCCUAUGAGACCGGAAAAUGUAACGUCUACAAUGUGUAAGCCGUCUGAACCCGGAGUGGGCGGUAGUGGUGAUGCGAGCAAACCCCCACAACAACCGUUUCCAGCGACGCCAAUGAAUGGUAAUCAGUUCUCCAAUCAGCCAUCAACGUUUCCGGGGGAAUUUCCACCCGAACAAUUGUCACAGUCCAUGGGUGGACCGGCCAUGUAUGGGGGUUUUCAGCCGCCACAACCACAACAACCGCAACCACAUCAAAUUCCGGGAGGAUUCCCACAUUUACCACACCCAUCUCCCAGUGGGCCAUUGGGUCAACCUUCUGCAUUUCCUGUCGGGGCCCCUCAGCCAGGAGUUCCACUGGCACCUACUACUGUCCAAGCUACCUCCGGUAUUCCAUCUCUCGAUCAGUUAAAUCCGGCGAUAUCGGCGGCAUUGAUGGCGGGCACUGGGGGCAGCGUAACGGGACUGCCACAGAAGGAGCAGGAGAAGUUGGACCUCAUUAUGCAGGUACUCUCACUCUCUGAAGAGUCGAUUGCUCUGCUACCAGAGGAUGAACAACGCAGUAUUCGCAUCCUGAAGGAGCAGUCUCGGCGCUUUGCUUUCUUUGAUAAAGUUGAACUUAAUAUUGGGAAAGACGAACGUGCCUUUCAAGAUCUCCCGGUGACAUGUGUCAGUAGUGGUGGUGGUUACUUAUGGCUGGGAGACGUGGAUGGUUUCAUGCACUGUCUAGAUGCCACCUUCAUGUUCGCCUCCUUUCGCGCGCACAACGCCGGUCCGGUGCGUCUCUGUCGUCAGGUGCCUGGUGUAGAAUCACACCUUGUUGUCACUGUUGGUGUCUCCAGUGACGAUUCCACCAGCGGAACGAGGAAAGAGGAGGAGCGGGUGUGUGUAUGGAACACCAAAAAGUGGUCUCUCACUUCCAAGACCUCUUUUCCAGUCUGUUGUCGGAGUGUCAGAACAACUGCUACCACGGCUGCUACUGCUUCGGCCACUUUAGAUGAGGUUGUUUGUCUUGAAGUCGCGUCCACUAUGGAUAUCAUCCUUCUGGGUCACACUAGUGGAGCCGUCCAGCUUAUCAAAGGCGAUAUUACCUCGGAUCGGCAAUGUCGACGCUUGAUACUGCACGAAUUUCCGUCUCCAGUGACCAAUCUGCACUACGUGGCUGCAACUCCCACCUCUACCACCACGAAACGUCACAAGGGCAGACACGUGCUUGAACAGACUAUGCCAGAAUCGGACUCGGGGUCUGUGUCAUCUGCCUCACCUCUAAUCACAAAACCUACACCGUCUAGCCCCUACAUCUACGCAGCGUCGGAGAAUAAACUUGUUAGUAUCAAGUUGGGCAAGAAAGAUGAGCCUGUUCGAACUGCCGUAUACUUCUAUGAUCUGGAUGGAAGAGGACCUUGUCUGGCCAUUGUAGGUAACAAGCAAGCCAUCGCUGUGUACAAGAAUUACCUCGUCUCUAUCAGAUGUAACAGACCAGAGGCCAAUCAGUUGGACUUCCCAGAUGCCCAAUCAUCAGUGUCUCUCUUUGAGUACAGGAAUAAAUUUAUUGGAGGUGAAUUUUUUCUCCCUUGGGCUCACUCCAUCAUUACGGGUUUUGGCGGUCUCUUUGUGCUCUGUGUGGAGGAGGGUUCCAAAAUUGUGGAGUUAAUUGAGAAAGACACCCAAUCAAGGCUGGACAUAUUGUUCGCGAGAAAGAGCUUCAAUCUUGCGCUUGGGAUAGCUGAGUCGGAUAACUAUAGUGAGGAGGAGCUAGCUCACAUACAUAGGAGAUAUGCAGAUCAUCUUUUCAAUCAAAAGCAGUAUGAUCUUGCUGUCAAGGAGUACAUUCAAACUAUAGGAACGGUUGAAGCCUCCUAUGUUGUCUUGAGGUUCCUAGAAAGCGGUCUGAUUACCCAUCUGGUGCGGUACUUGGAGGCUCUGAUCGAAUCCGGUAGUAUGGUUCAUGGCCGUCUUACCAAAGACCACACAGCCCUACUUCUUAACAGCUACGCUCGCCUUGACGAUAGGGAACGAAUUGACGCUUUUCUUGAUAGACUGGCCAGUCAAGCGAAAGUGAGUUCGGAGUUCUACCCCUGUAUCAAUGUUCUGCGACGUGCGGGUUAUCCUCAUCAAGCCUUACGGCUUGCUCAAAUAACUAGUAAUCACACUGACUGCAUCCGAAUCUUGACGGAGGAUCUGAAGGAUGCUGUAGCUGCGCUCAAGGAGAUUAAUUCUCUUCCAUUUGAUCAGUCUUCUGUACUGCCGGAUAUCCGUAAAUUGUCCGCCCUCUUUGACAAAAAAACGUCAUCUGUUACCACACCCUAUCUAUUAGCUCUUAAUUGA